AUUACAUGAAAUCCCCAGGAGAUAUCAUUCUCGGAGGGCUCUUUCCCGUACAUAAGGAAGGUAGCCGAGAGGACACCUGUGGACAAUUCAACGAGAUCCCUGGGUACCAGUACAUGGAAGCGAUGCUGCACGCGGUUGACCUAAUCAACAACAGAACCGACAUCCUCCCGGGCAUACGUCUCGGUACGAUCAUUUUCGACACGUGCCGAAGUCCCACGAUCACUGCCGAUCACACAAGAGACUUCAUCAGGAUUUCUCUAGAGCGCGGAGUCGCGAAUGCGUCGGAAUUUGCCGGAGUGAUCGGUCCAUUUACAAGCGGUAAUUCAAUCAUGGUUGCAAAUUUUUUGCGAGUUUUUGAAAUUCCCCAAAUCAGCUACGGAGGUCUCACGGUAGAGCUGAGCGACAAAAGUCGCUAUGGUUACUUCUUUCGGACAGUUCCGCCAGAUAGCUUCUUCGCCGAAGGCUUGGCAAGGUUUCUCGAGCAUUUCCGAUGGACUUACGUAUCAAUCAUAUACUCGACUGGGACAUAUCCUGAGACUGGGACCGAAGAAGUCAUCAAAGCUUUAUCGAAGCGACAAAUUUGUUUAGCAGAAAGGCACCGACUUCCGCGAUUUCCAACCAGUGAAGAUUUCGACAGAGCCAUUACGACGGUCGUGUCAGCCGAAGAGUCUAACGUUGUUGUAUUCGUCACCAUCCAACGAGAUUCGCGCGGACUGCUCAUGGCAAAACAACGUAGUCCGCUGGCCAAAAGACUUGCAAUCGUCGCCAGCGUCUCCUGGAGCAACCGUGAUGACAUCACCAAGGGCGUGGGACCGGCUGCCGAAGGAGCGACAACAUUUGGUCAUUUUGGCGGCAGAAACACCGAAUUUGAAAAGUACUUUCGUUCCUUCAACUUGUCGAACUACAAGGGAAAUUAUCGAGGGUGGUUUGAAGAAUUCUGGGAAAGCCGAUUCGAAUGCUCCCUCAGGAAUACGAGCGUAUAUACGACAAAAUGUACCGGAAGAGAAGACCUGACCUCGCACCAAAUGGAAAUAGCGCCUGUGAGAGUUGUGAUAAACGCCGUCUACGCAAUGGCCUAUGCCUUGGAAAACAUGCGAAAAUCUUUAUGCCCCAAUGCCUCGGGAAUCUGCGAAAGAAUGAAACCAAUUUCCAGACGUUUGUUAAAAAAAUUCUUAGAAAAUGUUACUUUCCCGGAUUCUUGCUUCAACUGGCCAAUCAGGUUUAACCAAAACAACGAAGUGUCCGGAAAUUACACGAUCUUCAACUUCCGAGAAUCCAAACCGGGCGUGUACUCUUACAUCCACGUUGGCAACUGGACAAGCGAAUUACAAGAAAACGGGGAAAUUUCAGGAAUAUUGGAUUUAGACACUUCCCGCAUUCGUUGGCCAAAUGGAGAAACGGUUCCAUCCUCGGCGUGCAGCGAUGAAUGCGGGCACGGGAAUGUCAAACGGCCUCGGUCUGGCGUGCCAGAAAUGUGCUGUUGGGAUUGCGUGACAUGUCACAAGUAUGACAUCAUCGUUAACAACACGUGCCGUGCAUGCGCAGAAGGAUACGCGCCAGAUGCAAACAUUUCGAGUUGUUUGAAGCUAAAAGUGGAUUACAUCACAUUGAGAAAACCGUUGGCGGCAUUUCUAGCGUUUCUGGCCUUCCUUGGAAUGACUACAAACUUGAUAGCGUUGGUCGUCUUUAGCUUAAAGAGAAACCAUCGGCUUAUCAGAGCUACCAACAUCGAAGUCUGUUGUUUUAUCUUCUGUGGCAUUUUCCUAAUUUUCAUAACGGCCAUAACAUUUCUCAGCAAACCAACACAAGGGUUGUGCUACGUGCAACGUUUUCUGCUUGCGAAUUCCUUCACUGUUUGUUACGCUGCAUUAUUGGUGAAGGUGAGACGAAUGUAUAAUUUGUCAAAUAGCGAGAAUGGACUUCCAAGGGAAAGGGUGAGCACGCAUUUCCGCGCUUUGAAACCUCAUUUGGUCAUAACCAUCGCUAUCAUUUUAGUCGAAGUCUUUCUGGCUGUGCUCAUAACGAAGAGAAGCGAGCCAGAGCUACGUGAAAACUUUCACCACAAAACAGGCGAAGUUCGCCUGGAAUGUCAACUAAACACGUUUGCAUUUGUAGCUUACAUUGCCGGAGCUCUGGUUCUUAUUUCCCUUUGCACCUACUACGCCUUUCGCUCGCGAAAUAUACGAAAAAACUUUCGAGAAACUUUGUAUAUUUGUGCCACAGCUUUCACGUCAAACGCCCUAUGGUUGAUCUUGCUUGUCUCUUAUCUCAACACCGAUGACAGUUUUUCCCGCCAAUAUUUGAUAGCCGGCAUAAGCGUUCUGAUUGGUUGGUUCACGCUACUCGGUCUGUUCGCGCCAGUCUUCUACAACUUGCGGACAAAGAGGGUUUACGAUGAGUCUUUGUUAUUCGACUGGGAUGGCCCUGGUUCUGCUACGAGGUUACAUGCGAAACAAACAGGACAGUCCGAGUCUAGUUUGAAUAAUACCCCAACACUUUGUGAAAGACGACUCUAACCAAAACUUUGAACUUGAGAACUGAAGAAAUAAUUGGAAAUUUCUCGCGCAAAGCAACGAAAAAACUAUUGUAGGAAAACUCUGCAUGUGCAAGAGACAGACUGACAUACUUUGUGUAAUUACAAGAUUAAAUUAUGGAUCAUCUUUGAUUGGUUAUAAGCACUUGAGCGAAUGAUAGUCGUGAUAUUGUAAUUGUAUAAAACACUGCGAUAUCAAAUAAAAUUUC